AUGUGGGAAAUUGUGGAUGCUACCGAUGUCCUAGACGACCACAUGUGCAGGAAGUGUCACCAGCUGCAGAACCACCAACUGAAAGGUCAACUAGAACAAAGAAGAAUGCAAAGGGCUGCCUGUAGUGUGACCAGUGUCCCAGUAGAUGUCACUGAACCAGACCACCUAGAAGCUGAUCUUCGAGAGAAAAUUGAAGAAGAAAAAAAGAGUUACAAAAUGACCUUCAAUCGCCUGAAAGCACUGAAGACGGAGAUUGAGCACUUACAGCAUCUCUUAGAAAAGGCCAAGGUGAUGAUGCAAAAGGAUUUCGAGGUCUGGUGGUCUGAAGAGGCAGCGAGGCUCCAGGUCCAACAGGAACAGCUGUCUAAGACCAUCUGUCAGAGUACCUGUAAGACCCCUUCUGUGACUCCAACAGCUUCCCAGAGGAGCCUCCACAGCAGUAGGAUUUGUUCAACAGUCAAUGGCUUUGUGCCAUACAAACCUCUUCUGGUACACAAAGGGUUAUUAGUCCAAACUUCUGAUUUCUUUCAGCUGAGAUGA